AUGCCCGAGAGCCUCUCCGCCAAAGAAGUCAACUCCAAGACCGACCCAUCGGUCGCCAAGCAAUAUGACAACUCGACACCCAAAGACGUGCAGUGGAAAGAACUGUACGAGCUGAUCGACGGCAAGAAAAUCAGCAUGCUAAGCACCUACCGUGACGGCGUCGGACCCGUCGGGCGCUCCAUGGCCAUUGCCCGUCGAUCCGGGCCCGACAUCCUGUUUCUCGCGAACAAGCAUUCGCGGAAAUUCGAGGACCUGGAGAAAAACAAGGAGGUGCAGAUCACGAUCCAAGACACCAAGACCCAGGAUUGGAUCUCCAUCAGCGGCAAAGCGACGACGGCGUCGAAUGAGGAUCCCCGGAUCAAGGAGCUAUAUUCUCCAACCAUCUCGGCGUGGUUUGGAGACUUGAAGGACGGUGUGCACGAUGGGACGUGGAAGGAUCCACGCAUGAGUUUGAUCGAGGUGCAGAGUAAUUAUAUUGUGUAUUGGAAGAAGGAGACCUCGACCCUGGGAUUCAUGAAGGAAGUGGGCACGGCCGCCCUGACCGGCAGUGUGGCUCAGACGGGCGUGCACCGUGAAUUGUCCAAGGAGGAUAUUGAGAAGGAGAGAGUGUAA